CGACGAUGAAUACAGAGGAUAGGCAGGCUCAAUUGAUCAGCUCCGCUCUCGACACCGGCGCAAUCAAGCAAGCCCAGUCAUUAUGUGCGAAAGCCCUCAGGAAGAAGCCUGAUUCGCACCUCUUCCAGUCCCUUAACGCGCUCAUCCUCCUCGAGUCCGGAAAAUACACCGAAGCCUCCGCAGCGGUGGACACUCUCAUCUCUCUCUCCCCAACAGACCCCAAAGCCAUCAACACAAUCCGGGAUAUCCUCCUUGCCCUGCAUCAACCCCACAAACUCUCCCUCGUAUACGAAGGCGCCGUUAAGAAAAAGCCCAACGAUGAGCUGAUCGCGAGAACGUGGUUUUUCAGUAUGGUCGCGAAUGGGGAUGAGAGGGGACAGCAGAGAGCGAGUUUGGGGUUGUCGAGAGGAUUUGGGAAGAGGGAGUAUUUCUACUGGUAUGUGGCGAGUUUGGCACGGUUAGCUGAGAAGACCAAAGGGGAGGCCGAAAGUGCGCUUCAUGCCAUUCUGGCGUAUCGGGCGAUUGAGAAGGUCGCACUGGAUACAACAAGCGACAAAUGCAUCAAGUCGAGUGAGGAGAUGCAUUUAUAUUUGCAGAUUCUCUUGGGGCAAAAACAGCAAGCGAAGGCACUGGAAGUUCUGGAAGGCGAAUUUGGGCAGAAAUUCAUGGGUGAUGUGGAUUUAUUUCGUAUGCGACUGGAUUUGCUAGCGAGUGAAGGGCAUUGGGACAGACUACGAGAGCUGUGCGAGAAGCUAGCUAAGGAUGGAAGGGAUGAUUGGAAAGUGUACAAGGACUGGCUCAACGCCGUCGUUCACACGCCUGGAUCCGAUGCUACGCCGCCCUCGGAUCUCGUUACCUCGACUUUGGUGUCGCUGUUCUAUUUAGCUGACAAGUCGCCAUAUUCCCGCAACGCCAAUUUGGCACUCGUCAAAUUCGCCUUUGAUCUCCCCGAGGUUCUCGAAUCGGAUGGGACUUGGUCGAGGAUGGACGCUAUGAAGACAUACUUUAAGAGAUUCUGCAACAAGACGUGUUGUUACGAGGAUUUGCAGGCAUACUUGGAGCAACUGCCCGAAGCUACGCAGAAGGAGUUCUUGACGUUCGUCAAUGGUCAGGUUGAUGUCAUGGCGAAGGGGACGGAAAAGGAACAGGUCAAUCGGGUUGCGGCGUUCACUAACGCACGGAAGUUCGAGUACCUCCUCGAGGUGUCGCAGACUGAAGAUGUGGAUGGGUUGAAGGCAUACGUCGCCAAGUGCGUCGAAGUCUACGCCGAAAGCUUGGCUCUUGGGACAGCCCUUCUUCCCACGGACAACCAAUACGGCGACGACCUUGUCCUCCUCGCUGUGCACGCCCUCCUCCGCCUCACCUCCCUCAAUAAAGACACCCACCAACACCUCUUCCAAUCCAUCAUCCUCCUCGAAUACGCACUCAGCCAGUCGAAGAACAACCACCAACUCAAACUCCUCCUCACCCGCCUCUCCCUCCUCCUUGCCUCCUUCCCCCGCGCAAUCUCGAUCUAUGAAAGUCUGUCGGUUAAGCAGGUGCAGAAUGAUACGUUGUCGCAUACCCUUCUUACCCGAAUUGCGACGCUCUACCCCACCCGCGAAUCUCUCAAAAUUCUACGGGGUGUGAUGGAUAUUUAUACGGCAAAUGCGAACGAGACCCCGAAUAUGAUGUGUCAUACGUAUGAAAAAGGCGCGUAUUCCCAGAUUGCGGAGUUCUCUGAAUUUCAUGAAAGGCUGGACAAGAGUCUCUGGAGGGGGAUGGUGGAUGUUGAGGGACAUCGUGUUGCGCGGAUGCUCAACGUCAAUGACGAGGAGGUUGUGGUGUUUAAACCGCGUGAGGUGGAUGGGUUGAGGGAUAACAGGGAUUAUCGGGUAAUGCUCAACUGCAAUCCCUCCUCCGCUCCCCCGGUCGAGGAAGGAUGGAGACUGGGUGCCAAGCCCCGGCAUGCGUGGACGAAGGUUGGGGUUGUUGGGCAGCAUGUGAUGCAGUUGAUCGAGGAUGGGAAUUUCACGGGAUCUGGGGUUAUUGUGGAGCUGUUGAGGGAGGCUGUUGAGAGUGAGGCGUUUGUGAGGGAGGCGACGAGGUGGGAGGUUAUGUGCGCUCAGCUGCUUGUGUUGAUUGGUGAAGCUGCUGCCGCGAUUGUUGAGAAGAAGGGCGAGGCGCAGGCGAAGGUCGACCUCAUCUCUGAAUGGCUCAACACAAACGUCGCCGAGAAGCUGUUUGGUGAGGAAGUCAGAGAAGAGCUGCCUUGGUUGAUGGUGCACAAAAUCAACCUCGCUCUCGAAUCCUGCAAACAAAUUGCAGUAUUUCAAUACUCCCUCGUCACCCCCGCCAAAUCCCUCAAACUCACCACUUUCCCAAAGCUCAAAUCGCAAGCCAAGACCGCAGCCGAAAGACUUACUGCAUACAUCAACGAAUACAAAAAGAUCAUCGCAUCUGUUUCUAUAGAUAAGGCUGUGGCGGCGGUGAAGGAGUUGCCGGGACGGGCGUAUUUGGGGUUGAGGGUUGAUGAGUUUUAUAUUGAGCAGGUGCUGGAUAGGAUGAGGGAUGAGCAGAGGAGCGUGUUUGCUGGGGUGCCGGCUAUUGUGAGAGGGUUGUAGGAGGGCUGGAGUGUGACGCUCAAAAAUUGCAUUGUGUGGUAAGAAUAUAGAUCUUUGCAUCAUCAUAUGUCUUCUUAAUUUGUUCUGUCUACCUCUG